AUGUACGCGAGGUUGUUACUAUUGAGAUCCAGUAAACUUGGAUGUUUUCCAAGGAGAUUGGCUUCGUCCUCUUCGGUAUCGAGGAUACCCGAGCAAGGAUCGACAGAGGGGCCUCGGAAAGCAGCGAUGUUCAACGAUCGCAGCCAGCUGACGUACACGAGACGUUUGGUGGUGAAAUUGGGUAGCGCCGUUAUCACGAGGGAAGACGAACACGGACUGGCACUGGGUCGCUUAGCGUCUAUAGUCGAACAGGUAGCCGAGUGCCAAAACGGAGGUCGUGAAUGUAUUAUGGUAACUAGCGGAGCGGUCGCAUUCGGCAAACAGAAGCUAGCCCAGGAACUGUUGAUGUCCUUAUCAAUGAGGGAGACGCUGAGUCCUGGCGGUCACAUGAGAAAACGCUCGGGCACUCCUUUGGAACCUAGAGCAGCAGCCGCAGUGGGUCAGUCGGGCUUGAUGUCGCUGUACGACGCGAUGUUUGCCCAGUAUGGCGUGAAACUGGCUCAAGUGUUGGUCACCAAGCCGGACUUCUACAACGAGGAAACUCGUAAGAACCUGUUCAGCACCCUGAGCGAAUUACUCAGCUUGAACAUCGUACCUAUAAUCAAUACCAACGACGCGGUCUCACCACCGCCGCACGUUGACGAGGAAGUGGCCGGUAGCGGUGGUAGAAGAGGUAUUUCCAUCAAAGACAACGACUCCUUGGCCGCUAUGUUGGCCGCUGAGAUCCAGGCUGACUUGUUAAUCUUGAUGAGCGACGUCGACGGCAUUUAUAAUUUACCGCCGUGGCAAGAUGGAGCCAAGAUGCUGCAUACGUUCAGCACGGACCUUAGGGACACCAUCAAGUUUGGACAGAAGUCAAAGGUCGGUACCGGUGGCAUGGACGCGAAGGUUAAUGCAGCGCUUUGGGCCCUGGAUCGAGGUGUCUCCGUGGUGAUCUGUAACGGAACACAAGAGAAGGCUGUUGAGUAUAUCCUGUCUGGAAGAAAGAUCGGUACAUUCUUCACGCAGACAACCGAAACUUCCACGCCUGUGGAAGUCGUCGCUGAGGAUGCUCGAAUCGGAAGUCGAACUCUUCAAGCUCUCCACCCGGAGGAACGAGCAAGCUGCAUCAACACGUUAGCUGAUCUGCUGGAAUCCCGACAAAGGGAAAUUCUGAACGCCAACAUGAAGGAUCUCGAGGAGGCGGAGAAAAGUGGCUUGGCGAAGGCUUUGCUCUCUCGUCUUUCAUUAACGCCCGCCAAACUGAAAUCUCUGAGCUCUGGACUGCGGCAAAUUGCCAACGAUUCUUUAACGAUAGUUGGCCGUGUGCUCAGGAGGACCAAGUUGGCCGAGGGCCUGGAAUUAAAACAAAUCACCGUCCCUAUCGGUGUGCUGCUGGUGAUCUUCGAAUCGCGACCCGACAGUCUACCUCAGGUGGCAGCAUUGGCCAUGUCCAGCGCCAACGGGCUUCUCCUGAAAGGCGGCAAGGAAGCAGCCAACAGCAAUCGGUACUUAAUGGAGCUGGUAAAGGAGGCACUGAGCACCGUCGGUGCUGCCAAUGCGAUAUCCCUCAUCUCGACCAGGGAGGACGUCGGUGACCUGCUGUCGAUGGGCAAGCACAUAGACCUGGUGAUUCCUCGAGGCAGCUCUGACCUCGUUCGCACCAUUCAGGAACAGUCGAAGCACAUUCCCGUCCUGGGACAUGCAGAGGGCAUCUGUCACGUUUACGUGGACAGGGACGCGGAUCUGAUGAAAGCUCUGAGAAUCAUCAGGGACUCGAAAUGCGAUUACCCUGCUGCUUGUAACGCCAUGGAGACUUUGCUUAUUCACGAGAACCACAUGAAGGGUAGCUUCUUCACGGAUGUCUGCAACAUGCUGCAGAAGGAAGGAGUGAAAGUCAAUUCCGGACCGAAAUUGAGGAAGCAAUUGACAUUCGGUCCGCCAGCCGCGAAGAGCAUGAAGACCGAGUAUGGCGCCCUCGAGUGCUCGAUCGAGGUCGUGUCAGACGUCGAUGACGCGAUAAAUCAUAUUCACAAAUACGGCAGCGGGCACACGGAUGUCAUCGUUACCGAAAACAGCCAACAAGCAGCCCACUUUCAGAGGGAAGUUGACAGUGCAUGCGUCUUCCACAACGCCAGUACUCGGUUUUCUGAUGGAUACCGAUUCGGUCUCGGUGCCGAGGUCGGAAUUUCCACCGCACGAAUUCACGCACGUGGUCCAGUGGGAGUAGACGGACUACUGACCACAAAAUGGGUGCUGCACGGCGAUGGUCACGCAGCUGCCGAUUUCGCAGAGGGUGGCGACAAAGUUUGGCUCCAUCAGUCAUUACCUCUGAACGAAUCGGCAUGAGGUUCGUUGCAAUCACCCGGAGAUAUCGGAAUCUUCGCUUCCACUGCACGGUGGACUCUACGUCGAAGGGAACGAGGGAAAGGUCACUCGACCUCCAUUUUCGAUUUGUCCAGAGUAACGAGUACCUUUCUCUCCACCCUUCGAUCGUUCAUUGAUAAAUGUUUACAAAUAGCUAAAAAUUCGACCAGGUGGAAACGGUAAUGUGUACAUUUCCGCUGAAAGGAAUAUCUCUUCGACGAGAUCCUCCUGUUCGAUAAUGGAAUCGUUACUGUUGAUUCGCCGUUAGUUUAAUAUCGAUGAAACAUAGCAAAAGAAAUUGGAAUGAACAAAAGUACGUGGAUUAUUUCUAAAAUAGAAGUAGAAAUACUGCGCUUAUUAAGUGAAUUAAUUUUCUUUUAGAAUAAGUAUUAUCUGUAAGAGCUACAACCGUAAAUGUAAUUUUAGCAGAACACGUUGUUUGUAGAAUCAUAACUUUGUCCUAUCCUUCGAUGAACCAAAGAAUGUUAAAAUUAUGAAUCAAACAAAAGCAAUGUACCACGUGAUUAAUUUAAAGUUAUAUAAAUAUACCGUCGGUCAAUUUUUACUUG